AUGGAAGCGGAAGAGGACGAGGAGGCUGCUGGCAAACAGGUUGCUAACUCGGUUCCGGUCCAUCAGCUUCAUCUUUCAUCUGGUGAUGCCGCGACGCAUGAGGCAGGGAGAGGGGACCAGGACUUGACUUACCGCGCCCGGGGCACAGACGAGAGGGACACAGCAGUCGUAGGCGUUUACGGUCGCGUUGCCGCAGGGGAAGCCGACCUAUUUGGGUCAAUAGGACAUAUGUGGGAGAGGUGGACUUACGCCGGAGCAGGACUUCUCAGCGGAAGGCAGCGCCACGGCGGCGGAGAGGAGGAGGGUAAGCGAGAGGAGACGCAUUUUGGACGCUGA